CAAUUCAAGACUCGAUGUCUAGUUGCCCCUCCACAGCGUGCCCAACAAGGAAACUGGACACAUCUUUACCACCGCAGUACUAAAGCCGUAAGUAUUAUAAUUUUUGAGCUGCAAUAUUGCUGUAUGUGCAGACAGACACACAAACCCAGUAUACACUGUAGAGCCUGGUGACAAAGACAGAUAGACUGAGGCAGGGGAUGUUGUCUUUAGUAACAAAAAAGGCUGUUAUUAUUUAGGUAGACUGAAGUGUAACCAUGCUGACAUCGCUUCCAGAAUUUGUUUAUGGCAGUAUAACCAAAGAAAGAGGUGCAGUCUCUAUUUCAGUUGUAAAGACGAGCUAAAGAACACCGCUAAAGUGGAAGGAUGAAGAGUCUCCAGUUGGUUGUGGUGGCAGCAUUUGCUUUCUCUCUCUUGGAGACUGGAGCUUCCCAAUGUGAUGUUGUGAGGCUAGCUGUAGCAGUACAUGAGACACUGAGUCCAUUCAUGACUGAAAUAAGGGAAGAUCUUAGCAGAAUUGAAAGUAAAGUAGAUUCUCUGAGUGGAGAUAUUGAAGAACACAAGAACAAGACUGCUACUGAACUCAGUAUGACAGUGACGACUGCGCACUCUGAACUGGAGCGAAAUGUACUGACCAAUGUUACAAAGGAACUGAAGAAGACUGCUGACUAUAUACUUGAACUUGCACACACAUAUGAAUGUGGAGGUACAGGAGGUUGGAGACGUGUGGUCUACCUGAACAUGACAGACCCCAACACCAACUGUCCCCUUGGCUGGAAUCUCACUAGUCACUCCAAGAGGACCUGUGGUAAAUUUAACACCAGGAAUCUCUUCUGUGACUCAGUCUUGUUCCCUGUCAGUGGAGGAGACUACACUAGU